AAUCGACGACCAGCUGAGAAUCAGAUCAACUCGUUUACAAUUUGCAGCGUAGAAAAAGUUUUGGGUGUUUGCAAUAAAACGCUUAUUAAAUGCAUUUAAACAAUGUUUUCGAUCAAUAAGAUCGCAGGCAACAUGUUCAACUACGAAUGGCAAAGUCUAAUGCUGCGCGUGUGUAGUGCCAAGUGUUGAUUAGAGUGAAUGCAUGUACGCUCUUUCUCUGUAUUGAUUUUUUACACAUAGCUCCAAUUCCGAAUCUCAAUUUGUGAGACUCCCGUCUGGCUAGCUGGCUGGCUGGACAGAGGCGACUGAGAGAUAUGGGCGGCUCGGUGAGCCAAGUGUUUCGUUCGGGCUCGGCAUUGCUCUCACAUCGUGAUGGCCAUAAAGUCUCCAAGGCGACAGAGGAGAAAAUUCAAACGCUUUUCGAAAUACUGCGUGCCAAUCCAAAAAUCUCACUGCAAACUCUAGAGAGCCUGCUAAUACAGAUACCCAAAAAUGAAAAUAUCCUGGUCAUACACGACGACUGCGGCUACAAUAUACUGCAGCGCAGCGUUGGACUCAAUCACAUCGAUCUCACCAAAUGGCUGCUCCAUCGCCAUCGACCUGACGUCAAUCGAGCACCCUGCUCCCUGCCAUUGCACAUUGCCACGCUCCGUGGCUACGAAGAAUGUGUGGAGCUGUUGCUGAGGCAUGGAGCUCGCAUUGAUGCCGAUACACGAAUGUGUUUUCCCGGCGCACAUUCGCACAACUGCGAGGAGAGCGGGAAGUGGCAUAGCAAUGUUGACGAUGUGAGCGAAAGGCUAAAUACGAAGUUACAGAAUGCCCUCUGCUAUGCUAUCGACGGCGAUCAAUAUAAUGUGCUAAGCAUGAUGACGCAAAAGAUGGAGGAGCCUUGGAUACCAUUUAGGGCUAAGAAACCCCUGCUUCACUUGGCCUGUGAGCGUGGCGCUUGGAAUUGUGUGCAACAGCUUGUGGUGACACGCUCCGAGGAGAUAAAUCUGAUCAUGGAUGAAUAUUAUCCCAUACACCAUGCUGUGCUCCAUGAUGGACGCUUUCUCGAACUGCUUAUACAACAUGGUGCAAUAACCACAGUGCGAACCUGCACCCAGCAAAUGACCCUGCUACAUGUUGUCAUAUUUGCCGCUCGCAAAUCGGCCGAGGAUACGCAGGCCACAUUGCGUAUUUUGCUUGAUCGGGGAUGCAAGGAGUUAAUAAAUGCGCCCGACUCGUUGGGCAACACGCCUCUGCACGCAUUGAUUGUACGCUACGCUUUAGAGGAGGCACGCUAUGGUUAUGAUAAAUGGAGCAAAUGGGAUGUAUUGCAUUUGGUAAGAUUUUUGUUGCAGAGUGGCGCUAAGCCCUCAAUCAAUCAGGCAGGCAACAGCGCCAUGGCAUGUGUAUUUCGCCAUUUACGUGAUUGGGAGGUUUGCUACGAGCUGCUCAAUAUGCUAAUCAGAGAAGAUGGUGAUCCAAACAUUGUGGGCCGUGAUGGUUCAGUGCCCAUAAUGGUGCUGUUGGUGCCUUUGAUUAACAAAGAUCACCUACAUCACUUUACGCAUUCGAUGAAGGUCUGCUAUUUGAAUUGCAUUCGCAUCUUGUUACAACAUGGCGCAAAUCCCAAUUGCUCGUAUAGAGCCAAUUUGAAGCCUUUGCACGUGCUGGUCUUUACGGUCAGUGAGAAUUUUACGCUUAACUGUGAUGCACAGAAACGCACAAACUUUGAUUUUAUCAAGAAUAUAUUGCUGCUGCUGCUGCAGCACGGCUUGGACUGCAACAAAACAUAUCAGCACAUUCUGCAGGCCGUUAUGGAUAUGGUCCAGAACGUGCGCACUUGCCAGGAUAUGGAAUGCAUCUAUGAAUUAACCCUAACGCUCAUUCAAUAUGGAGCCGACCCAAAUAUUGUGCUGAGCAGCAAAACAACGCCGGGCAUUGCGAUUUUUUCCAGCGAAAUUGCCAGCUAUGGCGAAGCACUUGGUGGCGCUGGAGCUGGUCCUGGUGCCGGCGCUGCUGGAGGUGGAGCAGCAGGUGGGGCGGGUGGUGGAGGCGCCGCAGCUGCUGCACUGGGCGACAAUACGUUUCGCAAUUCGUUUCGCACAAAUUCACGCUAUCUGCUUUUCUACUAUAUUAUACUGAUAACGAAAAAAGAAUUUAUACUCAACGAUCCGCAGCUGACAUUCACGCGCAUCAUUCAUCUCUUCUAUCUAACCAUGGAGCAUGAUCCGCUCUACAAUUGCCUCAAGUCUUUGCACAAUUUCUACGUUGCCCAAGUGCCCAACAAAAAGACCGAACAACUAAUUGCCCUCAUCUCCACGCUCUAUCGAAGGCCUCGCAGUCUUAAGCAGCUGGCACGCAUGGCCAUUUACGAGGCGAUGAACCGCAAGCUGGCGCAGAACAUAAAUCGUUUGAAUUUGCCGGGUCCGCUGAAGGAUUAUGUGCUGCAAUUUGAAAGAUAACAAGUGCAAGCAAUUGAUAUAUAAUCUACAUAGAGCGUCGUCGAAUGUUAACCCUUUAACGACCAAUGACUAAUUAGAAUCAACUGCAACCAAUCAUUAUUGCAAUUGUUUUGUUUUGUUGCCCCUUAAGUUACAUACAUACAUAUAUCACUAUCCAUACAACAUUUAAAUGGGACAAACUGAAUAUCGUAUUUGAUUGGCUCCCUCCAUUCGGAAAUGAUAUCUGCUGAGAGCCAUAAGUCUAGUGAGUUUGAGCAGGAUAUUCAAUCUCUGCUUACUCUAGAGGCACAUACAGCCAUACCCUCUUUCUUGUUUGAGUGUGAGAUAAAAGAG